UUUUUUUUCUCUUUGCAUUUCUGUAAGUUUGUUGCAUAACCAUGCCUCCAUGGUGGGGAAGGAAGAAAGCAAACAAGGAAAGUUUCUUUGAUACAAUACACCGAAAAUUUAAGAGUGCAUCUGAAGAAAAGUGCAACAGUAGAUCAGGAGGGUCUCGGGGACGCAGUAGUGACACUGUUUCAGAAAGAGGAUUCCGAUCCAGUCUGCCUUCAAGAUCACCGUCGCCCUCAACACAAGUAUCACGUUGUCAAAGUUUUGCUGAAAGAUCUCAGGCCCAACCACUUCCACUUCCUGGGGUACACCUUCCUAAUAUUGGGCGUGCUAACUCGGGAAUUAGUGCAUCAUCAAAGCCAGGAUUGGACAGAGGCUCUAAGCCACUAGUUUUUCCCCCUCCAAGACCUGGAUGUGUCCCAAACAGGGCUGAUCCUGCAGAUACUGAGGCUGAUAUAGCCACUGCUUCUGUUUCUAGUGAUUCCACAAUCGAUAGUGAUGAUCCAUCCGAUUCACGACUUCUUAGCCCCCUGGCUUCUGACUAUGAAAAUGGAAACAAAACCACUGCGAACAGCCCUUCGAGUGUAAUGCACAGGGAUCAGUACCCUGUUGUCAAUCAAAAGAACUCGAGAGAGAUAUUGAAACCAGCUAAUCUUUUAUUCAGCAAUCAAUUUCUCUCUACAUCACCUAAACGGAGACCUUUAAGUGCGCAUGUGCAAAAUUUACAGAUUCCUUCACACAGUGUUUUCUGUAGUGCUCCAGACAGCUCGAUGUCAAGUCCUUCUAGAAGUCCGAUUAGAGUGUUUGGGCCUGAGCAAGUUAUGAACUCUGGUUACUGGACAGGAAGAUCUUAUCCAGAGAUAGCUUCUGGGCAGUGCUCUAGUCCAGGUUCAGGUUAUAAUUCUGGGCAUAAUUCAGUAGGGGGGGAUAUGUCGGGACAGCUGUUUUGGCCACACAGCAGGUGUAGUCCUGAGUGUUCUCCAAUUCCUAGUCCCAGAAUGACAAGUCCAGGUCCUAGCUCCAGAAUACACAGUGGUGCUGUCACCCCUCUGCAUCCACGAGCUGGAGGAGCUGCCGCAGAUUCGCCUACAACCCGGCCUGAUGAUGGGAAACAACAAAGCCACCGUUUGCCUCUUCCUCCAAUAACAAUUUCAAAUUCUUGUCCUUUUUCUCCCACAUAUUCAGCAGCUACAACUCCCUCAGUUCCACGUAGUCCUGGUAGGGCAGAAAAUCCUACAAGCCCUGGUUCUCGCUGGAAGAAGGGACGUCUGCUAGGGAGGGGUACAUUUGGACAUGUAUAUCUUGGUUUUAACAGUGAAAGUGGCGAGAUGUGUGCUAUGAAAGAGGUAACUCUGUUUUCAGACGAUGCAAAAUCAAAGGAAAGUGCACAGCAGCUGGGGCAAGAAAUUACGAUGCUAAGUCGCUUGCGGCACCCAAAUAUAGUACAGUAUUAUGGAUCUGAGACUGUAGAUGACAAACUAUACAUAUAUCUAGAGUUUGUAUCUGGUGGUUCCAUCUAUAAACUGCUUCAAGACUAUGGUCAGUUUGGUGAAAUUGCUAUUCGCAGUUAUACUCAACAAAUUUUGUCAGGGCUUGCAUAUCUACAUACUAAAAACACUGUCCAUAGGGACAUCAAAGGAGCAAAUAUUCUGGUAGACCCCAAUGGCAGGGUGAAAUUGGCAGAUUUUGGGAUGGCGAAGCAUAUUACUGGGCAGUCUUGUCCUUUGUCAUUUAAGGGAAGCCCUUACUGGAUGGCACCUGAGGUUAUCAAGAAUUCAAAUGGUUGUAAUCUUGCUGUUGAUAUAUGGAGCCUUGGAUGCACUGUUUUAGAGAUGGCUACAACAAAACCACCGUGGAGCCAGUAUGAAGGGGUUGCUGCUUUGUUUAAGAUUGGAAAUAGCAGGGAACUCCCUCCAAUUCCUAAUCAUCUAUCAGAGGAUGGAAAGAAUUUUGUGAGGCUAUGUUUACAGCGUAAUCCAUCACAUCGUCCUAGUGCUGAGUGGCUUUUGGAGCAUCCUUUUGUUAAGAAUGCUGCACCACUAGAAAGACCCGUUUUGAGUGCUGAUCCUUCUGAUGCACCACCUGUGGUUACAAAUGCAGUGAGAUCUCUGGGACAUGCACGAAGUUCUCCAUGCUUAGACUCCGAAGGAGUGGGUAUCCAUCAGUCUAGAGGCUCAAAAACUGGUUCAGGAUCCAGUGAUGCCCAUGCGAUAUGGAAUAUAUCAUGCCCAGUUUCUCCUGUGAGCCCUCUUCUACGUUCAAGGUCACCACAACAUAUGAGUGGAAGGACAUCUCCCUCUCCCAUUUCUAGCCCUCGCACCCCAUCUGGUUCAUCAACACCCCUUACUGGUGGUACCGGUGCCAUCCCAUUUCACCAACCGCAGCAGCUAGCAACCUACGCAUAUGAUGGUGUGGCAAUGAUACAAAGAAGCCAAAACAGUUUCUAUACUAAUGGUAGCACCCCCUAUCACGAGCCAAACCCUGACCUAUUUAGGGGGAUGUCACAAGCUUCUCAUGCCUUCCGUGAUAUAAUUUUAUCUGAUAACAGUACUCUUGGAGACCAGUCGGGACGGCCUCUCCGAGUGGACACAAGGGAAUUGUAUGAUAAGCAGCUCUUAAGGGAACCCUUAAAGCAAAAUUUGUUCCUGGAACUUAUGCCCAGCUCGCCAAUUCUUGGUCGUAAGAAUGGAAUCUGAUUUGCAUGUAAAUCCCUGACAAGAGCAAGAUUCCAGGCCAUGCAAGAUUCUUUCCAAUGCUUGAAGGGUAUCAUAUUCAUGGCUGAUAUCACAAGUUUGUACUUUAGCAAUUCAAGUUGGGGAAGCAUUUGAAUAAGGUUGGAUCUUUUGGAAGCCUAAAUGAUGGGGGAGAGACGUGGUUUUCUAAUUCCCUCAGUACGGGGUUGAUCGGUUCAAAUGGAAAAAUAUGGCCUCUGAAGAUCCAGCAGUCGGCAGUUCCUUACAAUGAAGAACAUUUCUGCAUGUGUAAAGAAAUGUACAUUUUUACCACACCUGAAAAACAGAAAAGGUAUAACAGCUACUAUGAUAUGGACCAUGAAUAUUUUUGCAUUUUUCUCUUUUGGAAAGGGGGGGAUUGGUGGUGGCAGCAAAGAAUCUUUUGUACAGAAGGAUGAGGAUUUUAGUCAAAGAUUUUGUAAAGAUGGCCGAGAAAUUUGCCAGGCGUUCAAUCUCUUGUAUCAGCUAAUGGGCUGUAAUGCUGAAUACUGUUGUAACUACAUUAUACCUACAUCUAAUUGAAGAAAUCUAGUUCAUAUUC